GACACACUACGUGACCUGGAGCCGGACAUCAUGGACUCUGACCGAGUGCACUUGCCUGCGAAUGGAGAUGAUCUCGUGCCGAGCUUCGAAGUCCUGCCGGGUGAUGUUCAGAAACCCAAGAAGUACCAGGAUCCCAAAGCCCAAGAAGUUUGCCCUACUGAUGUUCAGCCCGAGAAGUCCCAGGAUCCAGAUGCCCUUCAAGUUCGCCCUGCUGAUGUUCAGAAACCGGAGAAGUCCCAGGAUCCAGAUGCCCAGCAAGUUCGCCCUGCUGAUGUUCAGAAACCGCUGAAGUCUCAGGAUCCCCAAGCCCAGCAAGUUCGCCCUGCUGAUGUUCAGAAACCGGAGAAGUCCCAGGAUCCCCAAGCCCAGCAAGUUCGCCCUGCUGAUGUUCAGAAACCGGAGAAGUCGCAGGAUCCCCAAGCCCAGCAAGUUCGCCCUGCUGAUGUUCAGAAACCGGAGAAGUCGCAGGAUCCCCAAGCCCAGCAAGUUCGCCCUGGUAAGUCCCAGGAUCCAGAUGCCCCACAAGUUCGCCCUGGUGAUGUUCAACCGGAGAAGUCCCAGGAUCCCCAAGCUCUGCAAGUUCGCCCUGGUACCCAGCAGGAUAGAGUGUCGCCGAAUGCUACAGCAUGCCAGUCGCGAAGUCUCAACCGCCCAAGGCACCUGGACUCGCAGAGCACCAUGAGCCUUGGCGCUUACCAGGCCUCGCCGAGCAGGGCAGAGAUUGUCUGCGAUGCACUGUUGGAACAUGGGUUGCCCGGUCCGGAUGAAGCAGGUGAUUGUGGGCGGUCUCCACCGGCUUUGCUUGAGUAUGUGUUCGGCAAGACGGGUGAGAAAGCCAAGAGUCUCGGGGAACUACAGCGAACCAUUGCAAUAGUGCAGUGGACACGAAAGAUUGGGGACUCGGGCUUGGCUUUCAUGGAUGUGGAUGCGACCCACGGCCAUCUUGCAAAAGCACUCUACGACACAGCCGUGCUAUUCUCCAAGGACCAAGGUACCCUGGAGAAGCAUAGCAAGGAUCUGGACAAACACAUCGGCAUCAUCACCAGCUUAGCAGACAAAAAAAGGGCAGAGAUCAUGCACAUCAAGGACCCCGCCAUCUUCAAAGAGCAGCUGAGGAAGAUCGACAACUGGACGAUCGAGAAGAUGAAGGAGAAGCGGGACUUUGUCUGCAAGGAGUCUGAACGUGUGCAUGUGCUGCAAUUGAACUUCGCGAAUGCUCUCCUGCAACUCCUGGAUGCAGUUGAAGCGGAGCACGACAGUCGGUGUACAGACCAGGCUCCGGAGGUUGAUAUCUGCAUGGACCUGGAAGAACAGCUCCAGGCCUUGAUGUUGGAGGACAGUCCCGACCGUGCUGCCGGGCGAGCCAGUCCACCUGGCAAACCGCUGCUGGCAGUCAAGGACGAGGUGCCCGGCUUUGAUCAUGAUGCACAAGGAUCAGCAUCCGUACGAGACUCCAGUCCGAUGGGAAGCCAGGCAGAGCCAAUCGAGACCACCAAGACUACGGACCCUGGGCCCGAGGCAAUGGUGGAGGAUGAGGAGACCACGAGGGAGGCCAAGAGACUGCAGCACAAUGCCCGAGUGACAUUCGAUCGCAGGGUGAAGAGUGGUGACUGUCCGCCGGAGAUCCUCGAGAAGGUCCAGACCUGGAAGGAUCGGCUGAAGCAGCUGGGCGCCCUCUUCCAGGAGUGGUACAAGGGCGGGCAAGACUUCAUGGCCACUACAAUCAUGCAGGAGGCCACGAAAAAGGUUUCGGACGAGGCCAGAGGGAAGCAAGUUAUGAUGAGUUUCAAGGCAAUGAAGGAUAAAUUCGGGAAGAAGUCGGCGGAGAGGAUUCGCGACAGGAAAAAAGAAGAAGAGAAGAACCGCAAUGUGAAAACCGAACCUCGACCGUUUUGGUUCUCCCAUCCAGAGCUUGACGACCCCGACUGGGAAAUGUUCAGGUGUUUCGAUUCCCUGGAGUUCGAGUUAUGGGACACUACUACCACCACAACUGGAUUCCAUGCGAGUGCAAGCCUGCAUCCCGAUGCCACGGCCCAGCUUGCGCCAUUGCUGCGAGAUAUGGCGGCAGGUGGCGGAGACCGGAUGAAUGAUUUCGGCAUGAGUGCCGGAGGGAUGGUCAAGUCGUCCUCCCUUGAAAACAUCCCGAAUCCGAACCCGGACAAGCCCAACAAGAAGGUGAACCAGUAUGCCCAGACCAAAAAACUCAACGGGAAAAUCCAACAGCUGUCUGCGAAACUGACGGACAUCAUGGUGUGGCUGAAAGAGGUGGACGAGUCGAACUUGCUGCCACUUGGUCCGUCGAGCAAAACAAAAGAGGGCUACGGGGAGCAGCUGCGACUCAAGAACGAUGAGAUUCAGACCCUGAAGAGCGAGAUGGAACAGCUCUACUCCACCAACAACAAGAUCCAAGACAAGGAUUUGACCUUGGAGGCUCGCACCGCGAUCGACGAGGCCCUGAAAACGGCAGACGUCUUGACGAUCGACUUCACCGGCUGUAUGAGGCCCAUCAAGCUUGCACUCGCAUCCUUCAAGAGUGCCCGUGAAACGAUGCAAGCGAUGAAAGAGGAGCUUGGAAGCCGCGGGAUCUCCAUGACCGGCCCGUGUGCAAAGCUCGAGGUUCCCAUCGACAUGGUGGAUGUGCCAAUCAAGCCUGAGCUUAGCCUUGGUAUGGCCACGAUUGCAGCCUACAUGCGGAAUGGCUGGGCCUCAAGACUGGCUGGAAUUCCAAGUCAAUCUGCCACCAGUGCAGAGUGA